AUGAACGUCUCAAUUCCAUCGCGAAAUCCAUCAAAUGGUGCACUCAGUGCAGCUCAAGCGUCUGCGACAAACUCGCCACGACCUGCCGAUCCUCUUACUCCACAGACAAGCGUUGCUGCCCAAAUUGGGUCAUCAGCAAGCCUAAAAGAAGAGCGCCAACCACCACCUUCACCACAGAAACCACAGGCUGCUGAAGAAAAUGUGUCGGUUGCGUCGUAA